AUGGAAGAGGGUAUGAUGAAAGGUAAUGCAGAAAAUACUUUAGAAAAUGAGCUUGAAUUGAUUCUUAGCCAAAGGGAAAGUAGGGUGUUUGGUGAUCAAGAACGAGACCGGAGUACGCAUCGAAGCGGUAGUGCUCCACCAACUGUUGAGGGGUCAUUAAGUGCUGUUGGAAGUUUGUAUAGAAACCCUAAUCUUGAUGAGAUUGAUAAUGGUUAUAGUAUUAGUACCAAUGAGAUGUUAACUGAAGAAGAACUUAGAUCACAUCCUUUGUAUGUAUCAUAUUAUUAUGCUCAUGGGAAUUUUAAUCCAAGGCUUCCACCGCCUUUGUUGUCGAAAGAGGACUGGCGGGCUGCACAGCGGUUUCAGGUUGGCGGGUCGUCUUCUGAAGGAACGAGAGAUUGGUGGAAGAAGAAGAAUGUGUGCAGUGAUAGUGAUAGCAGUAAUAGUUCUUCGUUGUUUUCGAUGCAACCUGGAUUGGGUAUGCACAAAAAUGCAGAAUCGGAUUUGAUUGAAAUGAGAAAGGCCCGGAAAAACUCUGCUGAAUGGGUUAGUAAACCCGACGGUUUGAUUGGUUUAUCGGCUUCUGGAAUGGGAUGUAGAAGAAAAAGCUUUGCAGAUAUUCUUCAGGAAGGACUUGAACAGCCUGCAUCUUCAUCUAACCGAAUUUCUCGCCCUGCAAGUCAGAAUGCGAUUUUUACUAACUCUCAUUCAUCAAGUUUAGUUAAUGAAAAUGAAGCGUUUACGCAUUCUUUUACACCGAUUGUGGGUUCGUCUGUUUCAAGGAGAGCUCCUAGCCCUGGCCUUCCUCCUGUGAGUAGCAUUGUUCGCCCUGCUGAUGUGGCAUCUUCCUUAGCUAGCUUAAAUCUCUCAAAAAGCCAUCUUCUUGAAGGAGAUAACUAUUCGCAAUGUAACAAUCUUGACGCUAUAAAUGAUCAGAGGUUAAGUUUUCAUCAUCGGUUUGUUGAUAAUUCGAGAAAAGAUAAUCUCGGACCAGUGAUUUUUCAUAGGAGAGCAGCUUCUUCUGCUGAUCUUAAUUCUAACCAAAACAUGUUUGACUUUUCAAACUUCGAAGGACCACCUAAUCAGGUCCGAAAUUUUACCGGGAUGGAUUUAUCUGGUCGGAUGCCAACGAGAUAUUCUGCCGCAAAUAGUCACCUUGCUUCAGCUUCAAAUAUAAAUACUGCUGGAAAGGGACAGUUUCUGAGACGAUACAACUACCCGCCACCUGUCAUGGAUUCUCCGCAUGGUAAUUUUCUUCACGGAGGAAAUAACUAUAUUGUUUCGCACGGCCAUGAAGAUAUGCGAGCGCUUCAUAAGAUGUACGUUGAGGCCCUGCUUGCGCAACAUAACCAACAAUACGGUUCGCCACAUUUUGGUAGAUCAGGCAGUUUAAACCAUAUACACGAGAAUCCCGCAUACAGUCAUGUCAUGCCAUAUCAAGGAAACUUAGUGGAAAAGUCCAGACCGUUGUCACAGCCCGAACGAACCAUGCAGUUUGCUCCUGCAUUAAGAAGUUCAGCGGGUGAAGUUAGCUUUGAUCGAAGAUAUGUUUCAUCGUUGUUAGAUGAGCUCAAGAACAAUAAAACCAAAUCGUUUGAGCUCUCUGAUGUUGUUCAUCAUGUCAUUGAGUUUAGUACGGAUCAGUAUGGAAGCCGGUUUAUACAGCAGAAGCUUGAAACAGCAACAGUUGAAGAAAAGAAUUUAAUAUUUCCCGAAAUCAUUCCUCGUGCUCGUAGUUUGAUGACUGAUGUCUUUGGUAAUUAUGUCAUACAGAAGUUUUUUGAGCAUGGAACUGAAAGUCAAAGAAAGGAGUUAGCGGGUCAACUUAUCGGUCAUGUUUUGCCUCUUAGUCUUCAAAUGUAUGGUUGUAGAGUCAUCCAGAAGGCAUUAGAGGUGGUUGAUGUUGAUCUGCAGAACCUUAUGGUAAGUGAGCUUAAUGGUUCAGUGAUGAAAUGCGUUCGUGAUCAGAAUGGUAAUCAUGUUAUUCAAAAAUGCAUUGAAUGCGUGCCUCAAGAUCGGAUCCAGUUUAUAGUUUCAUCAUUCUUUGGGCAAGUCGUUGCCCUUUCGUCACAUCCUUAUGGCUGUCGGGUCAUACAGAGGGUUUUGGAGCAUUGUGAUGAUCCAAAUACACAAGUUGUAAUGGAUGAAAUCAUGAAUUCGGUUUGUACUCUAGCACAGGACCAAUAUGGUAAUUAUGUUAUUCAGCAUGUACUGCAACAUGGUAAACCACAUGAGCGAUCCGCUAUUAUCAGCAAGCUUUCAGGACAAAUAGUAUUAAUGAGUCUUCAGAAAUUUGCUUCUAAUGUCGUUGAGAAAUGUUUGACUUACGGAAGUCUAGAUGAACGACAACUUCUUGUGAAGGAGAUACUUGGUCCCACCGAUGAAAACGAGCCGUUACAAGCAAUGAUGAAAGACCCUUUUGGGAAUUAUGUGGUGCAAAAGGUUCUAGAAACUUGCGAUGAGCAGAGCCGCGAAUUCAUCCUCUCGCGCAUAAAGGUUCAUUUGGCGGCUUUGAAACGAUACACAUAUGGUAAACAUAUUGUUUCUCGUGUGGAAAAGCUCAUCACUUCAGGAGAAAGGCAUAUUGCAUCAUCAACGUCUUCUAGGUCCUGAGGUAUCCUGCUUUUGAUAAGGAACAAACUAAUAAGAUGGCGUCACCGUAAACUUUUAUGGUGAGCUUUGAAUUUGUGGUCAAACGGAAAAACAGGAUACGAGUCUUGAUUUUGAUGGUUAUAUAUAUGGUUUUUUUAUAUCUUGUAAAGAGAGAACUGUAAAUGAUCGAUGAUGAUCGCUUUUGAUAGAUAAGUUAAACAGGGAGCAUGUUUUUUUUAUGUAUA